AUGCCGAUGCCGUUCCGCCAUCGUUCUCUCCAUUGUUUUCCGCCGUUUCCAUGGAUAUUGCGCUACGUAGGUAUCAACUCCGCCGAGGAGAGACACAGUAGAUGGGGGAGUUAUGCGAGUGAUGGCAAUGGCGGCGUAGCGUCUUGUUACUUGUAUAAACCGAGCACCGACCGCAGCACUGUACGUGUUUACGCCGAAACCGCAGCCGAGCACUCCGGGGCUGCGGUCCGCCUGGCAGAUUGCUCGGCUGCGUUGCCGGUUUCGUGA